CCGCCAGCCACCGCCCUUUUCUCCCUCAAACCCGGACCACAGUCAUGAAUCCCGCCGCUAAGCCUCCGCGAAGCCACACCUCCGCCCUCCACCCUCCCUCUCAAACGCCGCCGUUAACAGACACCGAUAUCAUAUCCCUCGCGCAGCAAGACAACCCCACCUCCUCUCAGCUCCCGCCCGACUCCUCACGCGCCGUCCUCCUCUCUUUCCUCCACUCGCGCGCCACCUCUUCUCCCGCCGUCUCAGAGUACGUCUCCGCCCUCCUUUCCCUCAUUUCCCGCCACCCCUCCUCCGCCCUAGCCUCUCUCCUCCCUGACCUAAUUCACUCCUACCUCUCUCUCUUCGUCUCCCACAAAACACCACAUGACCGCAACUCUCAGUUGACAAUCCAGCAAUUUGCAGGGCACCUGGAUACCAUUGAAAUUAGGGAGAUACCUAAAAUUAUUGAUUCUAUCGUCUCGUAUCUCCCCAAAAUCUACGAUCUGGAUGAUGCACAUGUGUUGACUCUCCUCCCCAAGUGCAUUGAAUUGGUCAGAAUCUCGAAUGUAAUCGAUAAGCCUGCCGAGUAUGUGGCCUCGGUUAUGUGUGAUUUACUCAGUUGCGAAUGGAGUAAGGUUCUACUGAUCAAAAUGGUGGAAACCAUCCGGGAAUUUUCUCCCUUCAUCGGUAAAGCUUGGAGGAGGAAAUUUCUGGAGAAGACCUUCGCAAAAAUGAGGGACGAUGUUGAAAUUCAGGAUUUGCCUGGUCUGGUUUAUCAGUUGUUGGUAUUGGCAGCGAAAGGAUUCAGCAAGAGGGAGGUGAUUGAAGGGAUUGUGUUGUACUUUGGGGGUAUUGAUAAGGGCGGGUCGAUUAUGAAGCAGGUGGAGGGGACAGUUUUGCUUCAUGUGAAUUUUGCGGUGAAGCAGGAUCCUUCUCUAGGGCAGGAGGUUAUGGGCCUGGUGAGAUUGGACUCACGGGCUUUUAAUCAUUUCACAGUUGUUGUUUUGAUGUCGAUCGCGAGAAUUAGGAGGUUUGGUGAGAGUGCAAUUGAUGUCUUGAAAACGGCGCUGCUGAACGCGUAUAAAGAGUUUAAGUGUGCGAAAGUUUGCAGAUGGCUACCAGAUGACCUGAGGAAGGAAUAUCUGGAGAUUGCUCGAGUAGUGGAAAAGGCUAUACUGAAAGCUGUGAACGCAAGCCAUUACGGGAGAGAGCACAUUGUACCAAGUAUAGUACAGUUGGGAUUCAGCUUGCUUGGAGUAGAAGCGGGGGCUUUAAAAGAGAGUGUAAAAUCAGAUGGUUUGAUGGGCCCCGAGGAACUGGGUGCUCAGGUGCUGAAAUGUUUGUUUGAAGUGCACGAAAUGUCAAGAAAUGAGAUAAUCGAGCAGUGCAAGUUCCGUGUCCUCUCUUUGAAGCCUGAGCAAUGUUUCCCUAUAAUGAGAUUGCUGGGAUAUCUGGUCCAAGUCCAUCCACACUCAAUGUUGGAUCAUUUGUCUCAUUUAAAAGAGACUUUGGACUAUUUUGCAUUUAUGGAUGACAGGAUUUCCCAUCAUAUUGUUACUGUUCUACUUCCUCUCAUCAAGCUUAGUCGAGAUCUUAAGGAUUACAGCAUCUUGGUCUUACGAAAGGCUAUGUUUAGACGAGAAAAUUCAGUUCGUCUUGCUGCAGUUCGUGCAAUUUUCGACCUGAUUCUAGCAGAAAAACAAUCAAAACAUGAUGGCCUUUUUUCUUUUCAAGAAUCAAGCAGCCAGGCCAGCUGCAGCCAACAGACUGAAGUACCUCGCCUAGCUAGGGGAGACCUUUUCCAAGAGCUUAGUGGUUUACUGCAAAGAUGCCUUUAUCAGCAGGAAAAUGUACGCGUGAAUUUGUAUCAAGGUUUAAUGAAGCUUAUUCUCGUGGAUCCCUUAAGUGCCGGCGCCAUUUUCGAUUUUCUUUUGCCUCAUUUCCAGCGAUAUUAUAGAGAGGAUGCUGACCUUUGUUUAGGAAUCGAACAAUGCCUGAAACUAGAAUAUGGAAAAGUCUGUGUUGAAGAGCCUCUGGACUGCCUUCUCUUUUGUGUCUCUUGGAUUCUUCUUCUUCAGCCACAGAAUAAAAGCGAUCAUCCUCAGGAUUCGCUCCCUUGUUUUGGCUUUUCAAUCACUCAGGAUAAUGAGGCUGGGAGAAAUUUGUCUGGAGAGUCGUUCUCCAAUGCUUUAUCACAGGUCAGGAAGCAUUUGAGAAAUGGAAAUUUGGAAGAUGUAUUCCAUUGUGAGCAGAUUUGCACCAUUAAGACACUUUCUACUUUCAUUGGUUAUUCCAAUAAUCCAAUUGCAUGUGAGUUAGGUUUUGUGGGCAAAAGUCAAGACUCAGGCUCUAUACCUGGAGAAGAAGAAAAAAGGAGGUGUGCUGCUACACUUCUAUUGGGCAUUAUUGAAGUUGUGAUCAACAUUACUGUUGCUGAGUUGGCAAAAGCUGAUAAUGCGCGGAAAUUGGAACUAGAAACAGAACUUUCUCGGUUUAUCAAUGUUCACGAGUCCCUCGAGAAAAAUACUUUUAAUGUUGGAAAUAGCAAUGCUACCAAAAGAGCCACUGUGCAGCCCACUGUUAGUAGUGAUGCACCUGAUAAACCCACAUUGGCAGCCAACAAAUCUCCUGCCGAACGAACCCCUCUUUUAGCAACUGCAAGCAUCCAUAAGUGCUUGCAACUUGCGCUGAAGUUUUUGAUAUCAGAUAAUUUUAAGAAUGACACAAAUUCUCAGAAAAACAGCCAACCUUCCUCUGGCAAGGCUCAAAAGUCAGAUUCUAAAAUCCUUUCUCGAGUUUUACACAUGUGCUCCCGUCAGCUAAAAUUCUUCUCCUUCGCGGAUAAAGAUAACCCUUUGAAAAUAUUGAUGCAUGGUGAGAUCAAGCUUCUCGGGCCGCCAUUGGUGAGUAUAAUUCUGACUCUCGAGUCGGAUCUUAGUAAGAAAGAGGCAAAGGGAAGGAAAGACACUGAGGACAGAAAAGACCAUGUUCAUCUGGCCUUGCUUUGUUUGAAAAGAUUAAUCGAGAUAAGCUUGAGUUCGUCUAAGUAUGCGGGUUUAAUUGAUGAUUUGAUCUCGGCAAUACCUACUGCUCCUGUGGGCGUUGGGUGCAGUGAGUGGUGUGAAUUAGGUGAAGAUAUUGAUGACCAGAGCACGAGAAGCAAAGAGUUGUUCAUCAAGAGGAUUGUAAAGCCACUGCUUGACAAGUUUUUCGAGCUUUCUUUAUUCCGUGAAGCUGAGAUUCUUUGUGACAUAGUACUUAUGAUUGGCAACAAAUUGCCGGAAGAAAGAAGGAACCUCGUUGGAUCCUGGGCAAUGCAAAUAUGCAAAUGCAGCCACAUUUCGAAUUCAAAAGUUGCAAAAUGUCUGGUCUUUAUGGCUGUUAAUUUCAGCUCACCUCCAGCAGACUUUGUUAUUGCCGAAAAUUUUUCUGCUGAACUUCUUAAGGUGGUAGGAUCAGAAAAUUCUGACCCUGUGGACAAAUCCGAAAUCUUCCCCGUUAUAAAUAAGUCAACAGCUGCUGCGAUAGCUUCUACUAUACUGCAGCUAGUCGAGUCAAACAUUGCCGACAUUGACUGGAUCACGAUAAGGCUGAAAACAUGCUAUACGAUUUUUCAGAAAGGCAUUUCUUUCAAUCAAAGAGGCAAAGUGGAUAUGGAAUUAGCCUUGGAGGAGACACUAUAUACAAGGGCAGAAGCCGUUGUGAAGGUGCUAGCGUAUUUUGUGGACAUGAACUUAAAGGAUCCUCAAGCUGAACAGUUACUGAAGAUGGCAGUGAAAUUCUACAAGAAUUUGGCGAGAAUUUCGAAACUGCGGAUUGCUCCUAAGGGGUGCAAGCAAGUUAUACCCAGCUCGAAGUACCAGAAGCUUGUGGAGAUAACUUGCAGGCGAUUAACAGCACCAAUUUAUAAUUUUGUUGCUCUGAUGCAAAAGAACCAACAAGAAAGCAACAAAACUAGAGGCAUGGUGAACAAGAUAAAGAGGGAGAAUAAAUGCAUACCCGAGCUCAUUUUUCAGAUUGAGGACCACGAAAAGUACCUCAUCCAGCUCAGCAAGAUCACCAAAGUCAAUCUAUUGAGGCAUGCAAAACGCAGCACUUCUAGGGACUUCAGGAUUCAUGAGCUGAGGGAAGACACUGAGGAAGAACAAAAUCAGAAUCCGGAACAUUUGAAUGUUACCGAGAAUCAUAAAUCAUCAGAUGAGUCAAACAGUGAAGGCGAACGGGCUGAAAACGGGCCAUUGCUUGAUGGCGAUAGCCCGUUGGCUGCAGAGGAUACGGAGGAUGAGGAUGAGCAAGCUGCAUUUCCUCAAGUGAAGAGGGCUAAAAUGAGCCGGGUCGUGCAGGAUAACUCGGAUGAAGAGGUUUAGGUGCAAUUUGGUGAAAAAAUAGAGUAAAUAUUUGAAGGAUUUUCGUUUGUAGCUAAAAUGUCAAUAUUAUGUUAUGUUUUCCUUUGGUUCGAGAAGAUGAGUACAAGGAAAAUAUGAUGCACUAUUCAUUUAUUGUUAUUUUUUUUUUAUAAAAUCCUUUCUUUCACCUUAGAAUAUUUGGAAAUAGUUUGUUGUUGAAAUGUAUUGUGGCAAUAUGGAGGUAGUUUCUGAUUCUGACCCUUUGAAUUUGAACCUUACAUGUGAGUUUGUAUAAUGGGAUUUACAGAAAAAUGCCAUUUACUUGCAGAGAUACAUGAUGGGUAGAAAAAUUUGUGACAUUUGCCUUGGAGAUGAAUUGUACUCCUGGACAAUUGC